UUGCAAUGUGGUUCAUUUUGUUUUUAACUCAGUUUUUAUACAUUUCGGGUAAAUGUGAUUUUUACAAUGGGCAGGGUUACCACACAGCGGUGGGUAUACCGGAGGCAUUUAUAGUGAUGAGCCAGGAGGGAUAUGUCACAAGAAUAGUCGGAGGCAACGAAGUGCCUACUACUACUUUGUAUCCGUACCAAGCGGGCAUAGUCAUCACCCUUACUACUGGCUCAACAUCUCUUUGCGGAGGCGCUCUUAUCUCCAACACGAGGGUCCUCACAGCCGCCCACUGCUGGUGGGAUGGUCAGAUCAAAGCGAAGAAGUUCACCGUCGUCCUCGGCUCCGUCAAGAUAUUCUCCGGCGGCACCAGGAUCGACACCAGUGAUGUAACCGCCCAUUCCAACUGGAACACGAAGGACAUCACCAAUGACAUCGCAAUGGCUAAGAUAACCAAGGUUACCUUUAGUAGUAGCAUCCAAGCAAUUCCAUUGCCAGCAGCCGCUGACGCGAACCAACAGUUUGCUGGUAUGCAGGGCGUGGUCACUGGAUACGGAAAAGUUAGGGAUGCCCAAAAAGGUUUCCCAACCACAACCUCCCUGCACCACAUAAACCUGAACAUCAUCACCAACGCCGCCUGUCAGAGCAGCUUUGACAUGUCUCUACAUGCGAGUCACAUGUGCACCAGCGGUGCUGGUAAAGUCGGCACAUGCGACGGUGACUCAGGGGGACCGUUGACUGUUGUGUGGAAGAAUAAACGGACUUUGGUGGGCAUAGUAUCGUUCGGCUUAGCAGACGCUUGUCAAUCCGGAUAUCCUUCUGUGUAUACCCGGGUCACCUCCUUCCUUACAUGGAUACAGGCUAACAGCUAAACCUGAGCUAGAACUAGCAGCUAACUGAAGAUGUGAUAUAUUUGUAUGAACUUACAUUUAAUUAGUUAUUAAACAGUUUUAAAACCUA